AUACAUGCCUUUGUCCACUUUAGCUCCUUUAGGUAUGUGUAUGCAAUGAAGAAGUGUGUGGAGGACCAGGAACCAACAUUUGCUCCCCAGCAACCUCAGUCACGCCAUCCCCCAGGUCAAAGUAUCACAGAGAGCUUCCAACACCGGGCCCUCGCCCCGGCCCCUGCUGUUAUAGAGACAGCCACAGACAACAUGCAGCCAUCCAAUGGCAUCCAGUAUUCUCUCCCCCAGGGCUACCAGGUGCCUACAAUUCCUCAGAGCACAAGUGGACAUGGACACACCAAUACUGCACCUCAUGUUGGUCCCCACACACACAGUCUAUCAGUUCAGUCUCAGGGUCCUGCAGUGGUCCAAAGUCAUGUUCAUGCACCCACCCCCAUGAAUUCAACCCAAGGACAGCAACAGUUUCAACGACUGAAGGUUGAAGAUGCACUGUCCUAUCUGGAUCAAGUGAAGCUACAGUUUGGCAAUCAGCCACAAGUUUAUAAUGAUUUUCUUGAUAUUAUGAAAGAGUUCAAGUCACAGAGGAUGGACACUCCUGAAGUCAUUAACCGUGUUUCCCAGCUCUUCAAGGGCCACCCUGACCUCAUUAUGGGUUUUAACGCUUUCUUGCCACCCGGUUAUAAGAUUGAGGUUCAAACCAACGGAUAAUGGGGGGCCUGUACUUGGGAUGUAGCAACUCCUCAAGUAGGUGAUUUCAAAACAAGAUCUGAUAAAUACAAAUACAGUAGCUAAUUACAAUAAACACAGAUAGAUUUGACCUUCUACAAACAUUUUGUGGUUUAUAAGUGAAAUUAUUUUCAUUAAAGUAACCAAAAGAAACCGAUUCAUCAUUCUGACCGCUUCUUUUUUAUUGGCCUUUAUCAGGUAAUCCAAAUCAAAUUCUCUAGCACUAUGAUGUGGCCUGUGGCUUUAAAUAUAUUUUUAGCAUUUGAACAUAUUUCUGAGUUUGAACUGGAAAACAGCCAUCUUCUACUGGCACUGUUAAGUGAACAUUAUUUAUUGGAUAUUUUGAUUAAAUAUU